GCUAAGGAAGAGGAAGGUGCUGUUUUCCAGACACAUUAGCAAAAUUGGACCAAAAAAAAAAGCGCAAUCAAACGGACCGACUUGGGGAAGGAAACCGGUUCUGAAACGGGUACUGAAAGUGACGCGUGAUGAGGUUCUCGUAGGAGGACACCCACUCCAUCUGACCCCGAGGAAAACUGAGCAGCAGGAAAACAUGAGGCCUGAGUGAGGUACGAGAGAGCUCCAGUAAUGUGCCAUGGGGUACGACGUCACCAGGUUCCAGGGGGAAGUAGAUGAGGAUCUGCUUUGUCCCAUUUGCAGCGGAGUGCUGGAGGAGCCAGUGCAGGCCCCCCACUGUGAGCAUGCCUUCUGUAACGCCUGCAUCACGCAGUGGUUUGCGCAGCAGCAGAUCUGCCCGGUGGACCGCACCGUGGUGACGCUGGCACACCUGCGGCCGGUGCCACGCAUCAUGCGUAACAUGCUGUCCAAGCUGCAGAUCUCGUGCGAUAACUCGGGCUUCGGCUGCACGGCGACGCUGCGCCUCGACCAGCUCCAGUCUCACCUCAAAGACUGCGAGCACAACCCUAAACGACCCGUCGUCUGCGAGGAUGGCUGCGGGCUGGAGAUGCCCAAAGACGAGGUGCCGAACCACAACUGCAUCAAGCACCUGCGCAGUGUCGUGCAGCAGCAGCAGACGAAGAUCGCAGACUUGGAGAAAACCGCAGCUGAGCACAAACACCAGCUGGCGGAGCAGAAACGGGACAUCCAGCUCCUCAAGGCGUACAUGAGGGCGAUCCGAAGCGCAAACCCCAACCUGCAGAAUCUGGAGGAGAGCAUAGAGUAUAACGAGAUCCUGGAAUGGGUGAACUCUCUGCAACCCGCCCGCGUGACGCGCUGGGGAGGCAUGAUCUCGACACCCGAUGCCGUUCUGCAGGCCGUCAUCAAACGCUCGCUAAUCGACAGCGGAUGUCCUCUGUCCAUCGUCAACGAGCUCAUCGAAAACGCCCACGAGCGCAACUGGCCCCAGGGCCUGGCCACGCUGGAGACGCGCCAAAUGAACCGCCGCUACUACGAGAACUACGUGGCCAAGCGCAUCCCGGGCAAGCAGGCGGUCGUGGUGAUGGCCUGCGAGAACCAGCACAUGGGCGAGGACAUGAUCCUGGAGCCGGGAUUGGUCAUGAUCUUCGCUCACGGAGUGGAGGAAAUCUUAUAGUCAGGGGACCCGGGGGGAAGGAAUCCAGAGUUUUUAGAUCUUUUUACCUCAUCAAGGACGCGUACCAACCGAGAAGGAAGCGACGUAUGAAGGAACAGAAUGAACUGCAUGUGUCCCGGGGACGAGAACCUCCAGCCGUCAUGUUGCCUUAAAAGAAGCAGAAGAAGAAGCAGACCCUGGGGCUCAUAAACCACAAGAAAUGCUGGAGCUUUAUCAUUAAUCACCACUGACUGAACCGAGCGAAGUCUCUGUACCAGCUCUUUUUGUUUGUUUGUUUGUUUAAUGCUGUCGCUGUUUUGCAAAAACAUUCUUCCGAUCCUGUAAUAUAACCCAUCUUUGUAAAUACGGCAGAUUUAUGGAAGAAAUAUAAACAUAUAUGCUAUCUAUUCUUGGUAUCGUAGACUAGCGAAGAUUUUCUUUUCUUUUUUUUUAUUCCCUCGAGGAUAAACGUGCCAGUACAAGAGGAUCGUAAUUGAGAUCCGCUCCGAUCGGGGGAACAGUUUAUUUAAUAUCCACGCCCACGUGUGUGCUACGUCCUAGACGUGACUCAUCUUUAACGUACACUAUAUGGCCAAAAGUUUGUGGACACCUGAGCAUAAGAUUCUGUCUCUCCACUUUUUUGAGAAGAUGAUCCUCUAGGUUUUGUGGAGAUGUAGUGAGGAGGCUUGGGCUGGCUGCAGGUCCAGAAGGUGUUCAUUAGGGUUUAGAAGCUCUAUAGCAGGAGAUCUUCCAGUCCAACCCAUUGGAAAGUAGAACAUAUCAAGCCCAUGCAUUCAAAAGCCAACAUAAUGUACUUGGAGGUAACAGUUUGAACCACAUACGUCAGGUGUCCCAAUACUUUUGCCCCUAGAGUGUAUAGAAAACGACGUUUUGUGCGAUUUAUGUCCGUGAUAUUCUGCGCCAGCUUUAAUCCCACGUUAAGGCCGAAAAAACUCACGUGUGCACCACAGACCUCGGAACAUUAUACCUUUCCACAUCCGCCAGCACUUAAGCGAGAGGAAGGAGACGCCAGAGAAUUCCGCGAUAAUCGAUCAGCGCACACUUCCAUUCAUCCCUCGCUCAGUCCUGAAGCAUAUUUCCUUUUUUAUUCGACACCCUACUAAAUUUUGUUUUUCUCGAGGUUCGCGAACGUGCCGGUCUCACGCCGUCAGAGAAUUCCAUCAUCAGCGGAGAAUCAGCAGAUUCGCUCUCGAGUCAUCUCCAGGUGGGCCGUCGUUUCAUCGGCUGAUGACCAAAAGACGACCGCGGUCUCGGACGGGACGGACGACCUGCACGCUUUCCUUUUUUUUUUUGUUUGUUUGUUUUCUUUUUUUUUUUUUUUUUACUGACUGCAAAAUAAAACGAUCAAAUUCUGUCACUCUUGAUUUUCCUUUGCCUCGAUGCCACUUAGUGUUUUUCGCUUCUUUGUAUUUUGUGGAAUUUAUCAGUCUGUUUUUUUUUUUGCUGUAUAUUUUAAACAAAACUCUGGUGUAACCCUCGUGCUGCACCCGUCUCGUUCAACCCACCAAAGUGUUCUGUGAGUGAGAGGUUUUUUUUGUGCUCAUUGUGUUUUCCUGCUUGGAGAAUUUAUUUUGCAUAUAUUUUUGUGUCUUGGUGUGCAUUUUCUUUUUUUUAUUUAUUUUAAAAAUAUUUUCCCCGUCUGCAAAAAGAAACCACACACACUCUCUGAUCCAGUUCUUUAUAGUCAAAGGUCAAGUGUGCUUUUUUUUUUUUGUUUGUUUUUUUUUUAAACAGAAUUUUGGGUAAUGUUUGAGGGCUGCACGUCCACGUGUGACACGUGCACCACUGCAUAUUAAUCUUAGGAGGAAAGAAAAUAUAAAGAUGAUCAAAAAAUAAAAAUAAACUCCUUUGCAUUGUGUAAAUCCAUGAAAUGAAUGAGAAUGAAUAAAAAUGAAUAUCUGUUAAAAAAAUUCAUAUAAAUAAAAGCUGAAUCAUCAAUAUUUAAGUCCAACACAUUUAGGAUGAAUUUUUCUUUUUUUUUUUUUUUUUUUUUAUAGAAAUCUGACAUGUUCAGAGAAGUAAAUUAAUUGAAUUUGCUGACCUUCCACACUUCUCAUACACGCUUCGGUUCCCAGAAAGAGGAAAAAAAAAAUUCUUUUCCAAUAUUAAGAUCAUACAGUAAACUGAAGUACCAGAAAAUGGCAAUAACUAAGAUCAGAAUUUGAAGGGGAAAAUUAACAGAAAUUAAAAAUAAAUUAUCAAAUAAAUUCUAAUAAAAGAAAUCAUUCUUAAAAUAAAUAAUUCUGGUAAAAAAAAAUUAAGUAAAUAAAAAAUGUAUAAAACAAAAAAUAAGUGAAACUCAGAAUUUGGUUUAAAAAAUGUAAUAAAUUUAAAAAUAAAAGAAUUAUCACUUUAAUUGGAAUUGAACUUUAAAUUAUUUAAUUGUUUAUAUUUGAAUUGUUUUCAAUUUUAAAGUCUUCCUAGUGAACCCCACUUAACAAAACCUCCCAAAUUUAAAUAAAUAAAUAAUGAUUGAUUGAAUGAAAAAUACCUUCCCCAGUGCUUUACAAUUGCCCCUGUUAAACAUGACAAAUCAAAAAAUAUAUAUAUUUAUUUGUUUAAAUAGAAACUGUAUGUAAAUUACAGAUUUGCUUUCGACCAUAAUCUGCAAUCUGAUUGGCUGAUGCAAUAACGCAGUCACAUGAUCAAUACAUUCUUGUGUUUUUCUGCUUUAUACACUUUCAAACACACACAAUGCUCAUAACCCAAAAAUGAUUUGAUGAGUCAGGAAUACUGACAUACUGUGAAUUCUACAUCCUGACUAACAAUCUUGAUGAAUAAUUGAUGUUUGCGGUCCUAUCAUUGUCCCCGUAACCACGUUUUCGUACCCUUUUCUUCCCCGAAGCAUGGUUUAAUAGAAGGAGCUGGUGUAUAGCCGUGAUGAUGAGAUGUGUUGUGAUGUGAGACUGAAGCGCUGUGUUCGCGUCUCGUGUCCUGUUAAAGCCAAACUGCUUCAGUUUCUGUUGAAUUUUUUGAUUUAGAUUUUGUUUGUUUGCCGUGCAGUGUCUUUAUGGAUGUGGCGCUGUUUACCUCUGUCGCUCUUUGUGUUGUGUGGUGGUGUUUUUUUUUUGACAACAUUAAUAAACAGAUAUUUAUUUCCGAACAUGA